AUGCCAAAGGUUACAGUGAAAAAGAUUCAUGCGGUUGCAAAAUGGAAAUGGUUAGGAACGUCUACAGAUAGUGUGUGUGCAAUAUGCAAUAACUCCUUGGAAAAUACCUGUACAAAUUGUAUUAGACCAGGUGAUAACUGCCCUCCAGCUUUCGGAAAGUGUGGUCAUCAUUUUCAUUUACAUUGUAUGGAGAAAUGGAUAAAACAAAAUAAAUUAACUUGCCCUUGUUGUAGAGCAGAUUGGUAUUAUGAGAUUCAAAAUCUCAAUUAA